CUCUGCAGGACGGCUUCCGCUGUGCCCACCGCCUGUGGGGGUUUGUAAACAACGGGCGUCGUCAGCCCGCUCGCCGCCUGGCAGUCCGAGCAAACGUUGUCACUGAAGCGGUCGGUGCGCUAGAGGACUGUGGUCACUUCACUCGAGCUUGCUGCAGAUUGGAGCAGAGCUGAUGUUUGUCAGCGGGUGGCUCAUUGGUUAGUUUGAAAGUCUGUGGCCGAGGAUUGGAUUUUGUUAAAGUCCGUGGCCUGUGUCGACACUUUCUGCUGUGGGAUCUCCGCCGGGUGUACCUUGGAAUUGUGAAAUAUGGCUAAUGAAAAUGAAGACCUACAUGUAGUACAGGAGGAGGAUGAUGAGGAUGAAGAGGAAGAAAAUGCUGUUGAUUAUUUCCGGGCUAGAAUUCCACUGUCAACUUUUCAUGAUUCUAUACCAGAAGAACGUAGUGGUCAUGUAGCUGUAGCAUAUGGAAACUAUAUGUAUAUCUUGGGUGGUUAUAAGAAUGCUGCAAUUCGAGGCUAUCAUGAUUUCUAUUUGCCAAGAGAAGAACUUUGGAUCUAUAACAUGGAAACUGGACAAUGGAAGAAAAAAAUUACAGCAGGUGAUGUUCCUCAGUCCAUGUCAGGAAGCUGUGCAGCUUGUGUAGAUGGAGUACUAUAUUUAUUUGGAGGACAUCAUGCAAUAGGAAAUUCGAAUGAGUUCUAUAUUUUAAAUCUGAGAACCAAAGACAAAAUACUGCAUUGGGAGAGAAUAGAAAACUUCAAGGGAGUGCCACCAACACCCAAAGAUAAGCUCGGUUGCUGGGUGUACAAGAACAAAGUAAUUUUCUUUGGUGGCUAUGGUUACCAACCUCAAGAGAAGUGUCAUGGAUCAUUUGAAUUUGAUGAAUCAUCAUUUUGGACUGCAAGUCAUCCAAGAGGCUGGAACAAUCACGUCCACUUUAUUGAUCUUGAAACUUUUACGUGGAAUCAGCCCCUUACAAAGGGAAAGCCCCCUACACCUAGAGCAGCUCAUGCGUGUGCCACAGUUGGAAACCGUGGCUACGUAUUUGGAGGAAGGUAUCAGGAUGCCAGGACCAAUGACCUCUAUUACCUUGACUUGGACACGUGGGAAUGGAAUGAAGUGAUACAAUCACCUGAUCAAAUCCCUGUUGGCCGCUCUUGGCAUUCACUCACUGCUAUCUCAAAUGAUCAUCUCUUCCUGUUUGGAGGUUUUACUACUGACAAACAACCGUUAAGUGAUGCCUGGAUAUACAGUCUGAGCAAGAACGAAUGGUUAAAGGUAGAACACAACUAUGCAGACAAACCAAGGCUUUGGCAUUCUGCUUGUACAAGUGAUGAGGCAGAAGUGAUUGUUUUUGGCGGAUGUGCUAGCAAUCUAUUAGCUCGUCAACAAGCAGCUCAUAGUAAUGACGUCCUUAUCUUCUCGGUACAGCCAAAGUCUCUUGUCAGACUUUGCCUAGAGGCAGUGAUCCACUACAAAGAAAUGCUCGCCAAUAUAUGGGACUGUCUUCCAAAGCAUCUUCUUCUUAAUAUCAAUCAACGAGCUGGGAGCAGUAACACAUCUGGAUCAUGAGUUCUGCCAAAAUAAUUACAUUUUUAAUCAUUAUAGUGUGAUUUAGCUAUUCUUUGUUCUAGCAGCCUGAAAGAUGACUCGUUGAGGGCCAGAGAAUAAGGACCUUUGAUUUUUACUGGUAACUAUUUUUGCAGGCAGUUAAUGUUGUCAUUUUUCUUUCAAAUGUUUUAAUAUGCUUGUGCAUAAAGAAAUCUUAAAUUUAUUGUUUUUGGUUUUGAAUAAAUGUUAAGCAAAAGGAAACUGGUUUACUUUGUGAUAUCAGAGAGUGAACCUUCAACUAUAAGGUACAUUUGUAUGUUUUAUCUCCCACAGUUGGGGAAUUCUAUCUUGUCAUUCUGCUCUUAUUUAAGAAUGGAUGUACUUUCACGAUAUAAAAGAAUCUCAGGACAUUUUUCAUGGCACUUCAGCAUCCGUGAUUCAACCCAGUUCUCUAUUACUUAUAAAUGACCAUUUUUAUUUGCACAAGUUAUGUGCUUUGCUGGCAAGGCCAACAUUUAUUGCCUAUUCCCUGGAGAAGGUGAUGAGGCACUAUCAAGAUUAUAAAGUACAAGCAGUAAAAGUGCUCCCACAAAAUGCUGGUAAAUAUGGUGUUUUAGGACUUUAACCUAAUAAUGAUAAAGAAGACGGUAUAUUUAAGUAAAGGCUGUGUGAUAUAGUGGGGGACUUUUACAUGGUGUGUCUUAGAUGGUGCAUGCCACGUGCUGCUCUCACCAGCAACUUCCUGAUGCUGUUUAAUAAAAAUACUGCUGAGCUCCUUAUUGUUAUGUUUUCUAGAUGGUGGAUAGUGUCUCUCUAUUGAAUAUCUAGCCUCUGACCUGCACAUGUAGCUGCAGUACUUAAGUGGCAGGUUAACUUAAACUUUGGAUUUGCAUCCCAAUUCUGUUUCAAACCAGUUGACCACUGAUGAACUUUAUUUGGAUUUUCAAGUUGAACUAUAUUUUACCAUUGUAAUGCUGUCAAAACUAUUAAUGCAUGCUUUGUUACAUGGAGAUUCCAAAGGUACUGUCAGUGAUUCAGUGCUCCUCAAUAGGAUAGAAUGUUUUUAGUCUUCCAUUAUCAGUGAAUGAUAAAUUUCAGGUACUAACAAACUAGUCUCACUGUAUAUUAAAAUCAGAAAACGCAGCAAAUAUAACGGUUGACAUGUUGAGUAUUUCCAGUAAUAAGUUAUUUCAGAUUUCCAGUGUCUGCAGUUUUCCUUUGGUCACUGCAUGUUAUGAUGGGUUGUAUGAGAUGUAAGAAAUCAUAACCACUGCUUAGCAAAUUCCUUAGCUUUUAAAAAAUGCAAUUAGUACAUAUGGACUAUAAUU